AUGGAGAAGAUUAUAAGAGGAAAACUGUUGUCCUGGUGUCGCAGAUUCAGAAUCAUUCCACCGGAACAACAUGGGUUCCUUCCCGGGGCGUUUGACGGGGUCAAUCACCAGAAGUUAUUAAGAAUUCUUGAUAGGCUUGGGAUACGUGGCGGUCUAUGGAGGUGGUUGGGAGUCCUUACUUAUAAUUCCGUCGAUAUUGGCAGUCAGGGGUCUAUGCGGACGAUGUUAAGUUGUAUCUAUGAUGACAGAAACCGUGAUGAUGUUUGUGCAGCUCUUAAGCAAUCUGUUGAGAAGCUCAACCAUUGGGCGGCGAGUCUUGAUUUGGCAGUGAACUUAAAUAAGUGUUGUGUGCUCCAUAUUGGUGGUGGAGCCGCCAUGUCAUAUGAAGUGAAUGGGGUCCCCCUGAAAUGUUGUGAGACUGUUACGGAUUUGGGG